AUGGUAGUAGCCGUCCUAGAUACAGGAGCAACACCAGAUGAACCGGAGUCAAGUAACUAUAAGAGUGGAGGCAUGUAUGGUGAAUUUGAGUAUAAAAACAAGAAAGUGGAAAAAGAAAAAAGCUACUAUACUGGGAAGCAAUUAAGGGAGGAGACCACUGAUCAGAAGUGUGUGGUGGAAGAAACUAUUAAUUGGGAAAAAGUACUCUCAUUGGAGGUAAAAAUCGAGAAAAUGGAGAUUUUUAAUUCUAUUAUUUAUUUAACCAUCCUGAAGGAAGUACUGACACUAAAAGAAAAGAAGGAGUUCACUAUUGGAGAAUCAAAAAUGGAUAUGGAAAACCUAAUAAAGAAAAAAUGA